GGCGUGGCAUGACGUCACGCGCGAGGAAAGGCCAGCGCGUGACGUCUGGGGCCGGAAGUGAAGCCAAAAGGGAGGAGGGGCGUGUCCUGAGGGGCGUUAAUGGCUGCGGCUGCGGUUGAAGCCUCUGUCUGUGGCGCCUGAGGAGAACAACUAUGUCAUCAUUCCAAGAAGUUCCAUCUUCAAGCAAUGCUCUUCAGACUUCAAAUUUUGCACAUGUUAUCUUUCAAAAUGUAGCGAAAAGCUAUCUUCCUAAUGUGCACCUUGAAUGCCAUUACACUCUGACUCCAUAUAUCCGUCCUCACCAAAAAGACUGGGUUGGUAUUUUCAAAGUUGGCUGGAGUACAGCAAGAGAUUAUUACACAUUUCUUUGGUCACCUAUGCCUGAAAAUUAUGUGGAAGGAUCAACAGUUAACUGUGUGCUAUCAUUUCAAGGAUACUAUCUUCCAAAUGAUGAUGGCGAAUUUUACCAGUUUUGUUAUGUGACACAUAAAGGUGAAAUCCGUGGAGCAAGCACACCUUUUCACUUUCGAACAUCUUCUCCUGUUGAAGAAUUAUUAACAAUGGAAGAUGAAGGAAAUUCUGAUAUGUUGGUGGUGACAACAAAGGCUGGACUUCUUGAGUUCAAAAUUGAAAAAACUCUGAAAGAAAAAGAAGAACUAUUAAAGGUAACUGCUUCACUUGAAAAGGAAACUGUCCACCUCAGAGAACAAGUUGAAAGACUGGAAAAAGAACUUAAUUAUGAAAAGGAAAGAUUUGAUCAGCUUGAAGCACAGCAGAAGGAUAACUUUAAAACGACUGAGGCUCUUAAAACAGAAAAGGAUGAACUCAAGAAAAAAUAUGAUGUGGCAACUUCCAAAGUCCUCCAACUUGAAGAAGAUAUCAUGACCGUUACUCAGAAAGCUAUUGCAAAAGAAACAGAGUUAGACAGCUUAAAAGACAAACUCAAGAAGGUAGUCCUUGAAAAGGAGCAACUUGAAUGCCAGUUAAAGACAGAGAAAGAUGAAAAGGAACUCUACAAGAUACACCUGAAGAACACAGAAAUUGAAAACACCAAACUAGCAUCAGAAGUUCAGACACUAAAGAAUCUGGAUGGAAAUAAAGAGAAUCUGAUAAGUUAUUACAAAGAGGAGAUUGGCAGAUUACAGUUGUGUGUAGCUGAGAAAGAAAAGUUAAAAAGAGCUUUUCUGCUUACUUCAUCAAAGGAAGAGACAAGCAUAUUAAAAGAACAGCUUCGACAAGCUCAGGAUCAUAUUGAAGCUGCUAAGCAGGAAGCUCUACUGAUGUCAAACGAACUUAGUGAUGCAGUAAACGUGCGUGAUAAAACUAUGGCAGAUCUUCAUAGUGCUCGACUGGAAAAUGAGAAGGUGAAGAAGCAACUCACUGAUGCUUUAUCUGAACUUAAAAAAAUCACUCUAGUGAAUAAUGAACAGGAAAAAUCAAGUGUUGUAGAAAAAGAGUUGCGCAGAGAAGUUGAAGAUUUGAAGCUCCGCCUGCAGAUGGCUGCUGAUCACUACAAAGAAAAAUUCAAAGAAUGUCAGAAACUACAAAAACAAGUCAAUAAACUUAUUGAUCAGAAUGAUGAGAAAUUGAAAUGUAGUGCCUAUGCUGAUGAACUGGCCAAGUUGGAGCUCAAAUGGAAGGAGCAAUUGAAAAUUAGUGAGAGCGUGAAGCAACAACUAACUGCAAUGGAAGAACAAUAUUUAGUUCAGUUGGCUGAGAAGGACAGGCAGAUAAGCGAACUCACUUCCCAUCUGGGAAUCCUCAGCAAUGAGAAGAAUCCUGGAAGGAGGCUAGGAAAUCUAACAGAGAGAAUCACUGAAGGACAAAUUUCUCAGCAGUCACUAUACUUUCUCAAUCCAGUUCUCAAUCCUGAAGAUAAUGGGCCAGUUCCUGCUGUGCCAACUAGAUUACCAGUACUACAAUAUGGAAACCCCUAUACAAUCCAGGAAACCAGAGAUGGAGCAGAUGGUGCUUUUUACCCUGAUGAGAUCCAAAGGCCACCUGCAAGAGCAGCCUCUUGGGAAAUCGAAGACAAUGUAGUAUGCAGUCAACCUGCUCGCAACCUCAGUCGGCCUGAUGGUUUAGAAGAUCCUGAGGAUAGUAAUGAUGAUGAAGCAAGCGCACCAUCUGCUCCUGAGCCACCAAACCUCCGCUUGCAUGAACGUGGAACAGGUUUUUGUUUUGAUUCCAGUUUCGUACACAUCAAGAAGUGCCCUCUCUGCCAAGUGAAGUUUCCUCCUAACUAUGAUCAGACCAAGUUUGAAGAACAUGUUGAAAGUCACUGGAAGGUGUGCCCAAUGUGCUGUGAACAGUUUCCUCCUGACUAUGACCAGCAGAACUUUGAAAGGCAUGUUCAAACGCAUUUUGAUCAGAAUGUUUUGAAUUUUGACUAGCUUUGGGCAUCUUAAUGCAGUUUAGCUUUAGACAGAAUUUGGAUAAGCUCCAUAAGAUGAGACAAUGCAGCUUUUAGAACUUGAUCAAGACUUGUUAUUUUUAGGCACAGUGUUCUGCAUUGCAGUUGAUUUAAAUUCAGCCUUUGAUCCAUUAGCAAGUGUUUGGUUAACCUUCCUUGAUCUAGAGUAUGCCCAAAGCUGUUACAAUAUCUAUCAAUAUUUAUUCCCUGGCUAAAAAACUGCAUAGAACACAGGAAAUACACAGACAUGUUGAGAAACAUCAGCAGUUCAAACUGUGGUAGCGGUAAAUUCAAAGAGUAACAGGAGUUUGCUCUUGCUUGUGCUAACAUAUAAUUAGAUAAAGAAAUUCUCAUUCCAUAAUAAUAAAAUGAAGUUUCUCAGUAAACUUGUGUAUAUCUGUCAUGUCAUUGUUCAUUCUGAAAUCUAUCAAAUGAAAGUAUGGUUUUUACAUCUAUUUCAGAAAUGUAACCACAUUAAUAUUACUUGCUUGCAAAGCAUCAUUAUGGCUCACUUUUACAUAACUAUUACCUCUUGAAAAUGUCAUGCUCACUCUAAAUCUGUUAAAAGUUCUGAUCUUGGAGCUGUUAAAAAUAAUUGUACAAAAUUGGUACAUUUGGCAUCAUUUGUACUGUACUUGGAUUUUUAAUGUGUAUGUAUUGCCUCCCUCCUUUUCUGGGUUGUUCAGUCAGUUGUGUUCAUUGGGACUAAAGCUUUUUGGAAUCUUCUGCAUUCUACUUUGCAUAUUUCCCUCAUUACAUUUGUGACGUGUAUAUCUAAAACACUAUAUUUUUAAAGAGUUACUUAAAUCUUUAGCAAACAAUUUCAUCCUUUUGGAUAAAAUUAUUCACUUUUCAUCUGUUGUACAAUAGUCAGAUUAAAAAUAAAAAUUAAAUAUU